AUGUCGGAGAGGACACCACUCCUGCACUAUCGCCUCUCCACAAGUGUCAAUGAGCAGUCCGGGGAGCAUCAGCCAUGUCUGUCCAGGGAGGCUGUCGAACAGUCCCCGGCUGUUUCCAGACGGAAGUCGGCGCACCACAGCCGGCCCAAAAAGCUCUCCACAUUCUUUGGCGUGGUGAUACCCACCUUACUGUCUAUGUUCAGCGUGGUGGUCUUCCUAAGAAUUGGUGAGUAUAGCCAACCGUUAUUUAUUAUAAUGUCCACAACAUAGCUUUAUUAUAGGCCCAUGUUGGUAACUUCGAGCCAGUUGUUGCCUGGAAACCCGAAGUUGAAUUGCAUUGAAUUCUACAUCGGGCAGAAAUUUGCGUUUGAAUUAGGAAAGUAAAUACAAUUAUAUUUUGACAUUAAGAUAUCAUUUUAUUCAACAUUAUUGAAUAAAAAAUUUAAUGACAAGCCUGAUGGAAACACACAUUUUUUCGGUAAACUUUCCAAAUGUCGAUAAAACAAAAUACACUAGACAAGGUGGGAUCUUUUUGUGUCGAUAAAAUUAAUUAUGCAAGAAAUGUCGGUGGAAAACGCUUUUUAUGCGCAAAUAUUGCUAUAAUAACCAUCAUAUCGAAGUAAACUUGGAGUCACGCGAUGACGUGUUGAGUGGUCCUCCCACUACGAUUCGUCGGAAAGGCAUGCAGUUUAUUAGACUACAGAUGAAAUAAAUUAUGAUGAACUUCACAGGGUGGUGAAAGUGCACGGUGAUGAGCUUAAUGCGCCUUUCCAACAAAUAUCGAGGGUCUUAUUCUGGUGACAUUAUCAUCGAUGCUUGGCUGCCGUUUGACAAAAUAAUAUAUUUUGUCAAUAAUAAUCCCAUCAUGUAGGCUAUACGUGCGCUAGAACACACGUGCCAAUACCGGAGGUGGCACACUCGCUAUAUUAUGUAUUUUUGUUGUUGUUGAGAAAACCAUCAGUAGAGUUGAAAAUGCGAUGGAAACCCAUUUAUCUUGUAUGUUUUAUUCGGUAGUGAUUCAUUUACAUCUGUCCCUCAUUUUAAGGUCAACCCUGUUACGUGAACUAAACUCUCUUAUUUUAAUGGUGAACCUAUUGCUUUUUAAAUGGUGUUAAAGCAGGUUAGCUGGUUCUACUCUCAUUGGCCAUUUUCUGGUGUUUUGUGAUGGAAUGCCGAGCGGGUCGGGCAGAACAUGUCGACCCUGUUAACCAUAGAUAGACAGGCUAGAAAUGUUUUAACAAUUUCACAUUUUUUGUGAAGCUUGCAUUCAAAUGCCACUCCCUGACGCACACAAGCUUCCUGUCACAAGGGGAUUUAUGGAUGAUUUAAGAUAAAAUAAUCAACCCUCUAACUUUAUUUGGCACUUAAUAGGCACGCAUUUUUGUUUUUAACCACUUGAGAUGGGAAAACGUGUUGAAAGUGCUCUUUAUGACAGAAUCUUAAAAUUAGGUGAAAUAAAAAAAUAUUUAAAAAAUGUUGAGCCAGUUACACUUGGUGGAAUGACCCUUUUGCCACUUAGAAAGUCCCUUGAUGUGUUACAGUACAAGGGUAUGAACUCCUGAGAGGUGUGGAGAAAAAGUAGGUUAAUGGAUAGGGCCUACUGGAGUGAGUGCAUCCCAGGACACAUUAGGAAUGGAUCGUUAUGGGGGUCAUAAUCAUUAACUUAAAUAUGUAUUAAUAUGUACAACAACAAUUUUCUUACUGGAGGAAUAUAGUAGUUUCAAGUGGACUAACGACAUGGAGUAAAAUGUAGUUUUUGCAAGAAAUUGAUUAUUUCCUCACGCCAUAACUCCAGUCUCGAGCUAUUAAUCACGUUCACAUGACGCAGAGCUCGAGGUCCAAUAUCUCUGAUGGCAAUAAUGACAACCGUAUCCAUAAUACAAUCACAAAUAAUCAAAGAUACGUUUACAAACACAAUCCCCAUUCAUCAAUGUCUCUCAUCUAUGUUUUCUUUGUUCAGAUGUUUUUUAUUCAAUCACAGAGUUCUCAUGGUAAGUAUAGUGGUCUGUCUGUGAGUGUUCUCUCUCUCUCCUCUCUCUCUCUCUCUCUCUCUCUCUCUCUCUCUCUCUCUCUCUCUCUCGCCUUGGUUUGUUCCACCCUCUCUCCUCUUUUGCCCCCGUCUCGUGAUCCCUCAGCUGCUGUGGUGUGGACACGCACACAUUGAACAGCCACUAGUUUGAGAGACAAGAAUACCAUUCCACAUAACAUAAGCACUGCAGUGCAUUGUGUCUUAUAUGGAACAAUAUGGCGUUUCUGUUUCAACAAUGCAUAGGAGUGGGGCCCAGUGAAUUGGAAGACUUCUGUUUUGGUUAAAAGCAUGAAAUAACUUGUUCUGCAUCUUGACCUAUUGUUGAAUGUUGCAAGGAACUGGUAGCAUUGUAGAAGUUUGGUAUUUUGCCAUAUGCUAUUGUCAAUAAAUAUAUUGUCAGUCUAAACUGAUUUCACUGUGUGUGACAUUCAACAACAUUUCUUAAACAUAACUGGAUGCCUUGGCAUGGUGUUUUGAUUAAUAAUGACAUGACUCUUUAUCUUGUCAUGGGGGAGGAGGGUCAAACUGCUGUCUCAACUGUGUAGUUAAGGUGAAAGCCAAUGUGAAUUCCCCACUGCAUGUUCUUGUAGACAAUUACUGUAAAUUCCAAGUUCCAACUUGCUGUAAGAAAGUUGUUCCACCACUUUGUUAAACCACCAAUCCCAGUUCCUGUUGGGGACUUUUAGAUGAUUUGCAUUUGAAGUGUUGUUAAACCAUAGUGUGGUCGUUGUGUUCUCUCCUCUCCCUACAGGGUUGGUGGUGGGCCAGUGUGGGCUGUAUCAGGCCAUAGCCAUGUUCCUAGUGGCCUACUUCAUCAUCAGCAUGACCGUGCUGUCUGUGUGUGCCAUCUCAACCAAUGGAGCUCUGGACGCAGGAGGGGCUUACUGUAUCCUGCUCACCAACACGACACACACGAAGACACAUGACGCACACGAAGACACAUGACGCACACGAAGACACAUGACGCACACGAAGACACAUGACGCACACGAAGACACAUGACGCACACGAAGACACAUGACGCACACGAAGACACAUGACGAAGACACAUGACGCACACGAAGACACACACAAACACUUGACACACAGCUGCACAUGAUAGUCAGAUGUAUAGACAUCAUUUCAGGCGAUACAUGAAUGCCAUUCCCACACAAGCCCAUAUACUGUCCACACACACCACCUUACAGUGUUCUUUCAGUUUCAUUACUGUAGCAUUGCAUUCGUCAACGUAUAGGUAUUUGUGUGUGUGCCAGUGAAUGGCGGUAUUGUUUUCACUUUAUCUGUAAGACACAUUGUGAGUGUGUGAGAAGGGGAUGUGUGUGCCUGGGCCUAUUCUUUCAGUGCCUGAUGACAUUCAUAUUUUAAAGGCCUUCACUACACUAUAGUGUCCCCAUACACACACAAACACACUCUCUCUCUCACACACAUUGACACUCACUCUUAACUCCUGUGUAUCCCAGCCUUAACCCCCUCCUCCCCAGACAUGAUAAGUCGUGCGUUGGGGCCAGAGUUUGGUGGCAGCCUAGGCGUCAUGUUCUUCCUGGCCAACGUGUGUAGCAGUGCCCUCUAUAUCCUGGGUCUGGUCGAGGCCAUAGUAGCAACCUUCGGGCUUCCAGAAGGUAUACAGCCAUACUCUCUCCUCUUCCUGCUCUGUUUGCAGGUCAACGUUUAUUCGGAUGAAUCUUGUCCUGGAGGCAGAGCUGAGCGAUUUCCACUAGAUGGGCCAGCGACAAAGUCAAAGUUGGCUAUAUAUCGUAAAAAUUUAUGAAAACAAAAAUGUGCUUUUUGAUGUUAAUUUAAGGUUAGGUUUAGGCAUAAGCUUGGCAGUGUGGUUAAGGUUAGGUUUAAAAUCUACCCUGCAGAACUGCCUCCAGUACAUGAGUCAUUCCAAUAAAUACCAACCUGUGCUCUGUUUACAUUCAGACAGAAUACUUUUCCAGUAUAAUCUGCUUUGAAAAUAUCUACUCAUGCAUUUCAUGCCCAUUAAAGCUUAUUGAAUUAAACGGAAUCAAUUUAAAUCAAACUGAAUUGGAUUACAACCCUUUGUGACCUUUCAUGGUCUGUUUCAACUAUCAACCUUUCACCCUCACUCCUUCACUCUCUCAUCUCAUUAACCCCUCACCUUUUAACCUACUCACCCCUCACCCCCUCACUCACCUCACCUCCUCUUCUCACCCCAAUCUCUCCCUUCCCUCUCCAGAUGGGAUGAGCCCAGCGGGUUCCCUCCAGGUGUUGCCAGCGGGGUAUUGGUGGUCACUGCUCUAUGCCACCGGCAUCCUCCUCCUCUGCCUGCUGGUGUGUCUGGUGGGGGCAGAGAUCUACGCCAAGGCCUCCUUCCUCAUCUUCCUGGUGGUCAUGCUGGUGCUGGCCACCAUCUUUAUCAGCUUCUUCGCCGUGCGCCCGCGCACCAUCCUCCUGCCCGCCGCUCCGCCCGUCCACAACGGCACGGGGCCACAGCCACCCACCAUGGCCAACUUCACCGGCUUUAAACUGGACACAUUGCUGGGCAACCUGGAUGGUGAGAAAGUGUGUGUGUGUCUGCAUGAGGGCUGGCGGGGGGGUUGGGUGGACUGUGUGUGUGUUGCGCACCAACAUAAAUGUGUGUGCUAAAUAGAAUUGCACUUGAUUUAAGCUGCAAUAUGUAACUUUUUGGGCGCCCCUUCCAAAUUCAUAUAGAAAUGUUUGUUAUAGAUCUGUCAUUCUCAUUGAAAGCAAGUCUAAGAAGCGGUAGAUCUGUUCUAUGUGCGCUAUUUCUAUGCUUCUCGUUCUUAAGUUUAGUUUUUGCAUCUUUUACUUUCGGUUUUGUACACCAGCUUCAAACGGCUGGUAAUACAAUAUUUUUGGUUAUGGAAAAUAUAUUUCCCAGCGGUUUAGAUGGUACAAGAUUUUCUACACUAUGCUUGCUUGUUCUCUCACAUAAACUGGAAUUAGGCAAACUUAGAAUUUUAGCAACCAGAAAAUGGCGGAGUGAUUUCUGCAUUGUGCCUCUUUAAGGAAUGAAUAUAGCAAAGCAUUAUUAAUGUGAGCAUAAGCAAUGUGAGUGAUGUCUCAUGUCAGUUAUGCAUACUUUAUGGUGGCAGAAUUUACUGGUUUAUUAUCUUACACCAAUUAUAGGCUUAGGCUCUUGAUUUGCUGAAUGCUUACCAGGGUUGCUGGCAGUGAAAAAGGUAAUUGAUUAUUUAGUUGUAAUUAGUGGGUCUCGUAAAUAUCCUUUGGCUCCCCAUUUCCACCGUAACAUACCAACCUCACUGCUGGACUGAGCUGAGGGAUUUAUUUUCAGUGUGGAAAUCAACCACAUGAUUACUCUGCUAAUCGCCAUAACUCAGACACACACACACACACACACACACACACACACACACACACACUGCGCCUUCAAAGACCCUGUUAACAAAAAAAUUACACACACUUUGUUUCCCACUGUAAAGCUUUCCCUCCAGUGAGAAGGAAGUGGGUUAAAAGGCAAUGGCUUCAUAUGUAACACAAACUAUACCUGAACCUGAGAUGGCAAGAUAAGGCAUUUCUGUACUUUUUGAAUUCCAAGAGGCAUGUACGUUAAUCAAUUCCUUUUUUUGUGUUAAAUAUAUGAAUUUGGGGAUUCGGACAUGGAGCUGAUUGAAUUGAUAUCUAAAUAAAUCCCCCCCCCCCCCCCCCCCCCCCCCCCCCCCGCCCAGCUGACUAUGCUGUGGACUACACAACAGGAACCAUGAUGUCCUUUGCCACGGUGUUUGCUGUCAUGUUUAACGGGUGCACAGGCAUCAUGGCCGGAUCCAACAUGUCAGGUAAGAAAUGGAUGUUUGAUCAAUGGGUGGAGAGAUGGAAUAUCUAUUUAGCUGCUCAGUUUUCAAAGGGGUUGGUCAGGAGUUAUCCAUGGGACCAGAGACGUGUGUGUGUGUGUCUAACCUGGUGUUGUGCUGUGUCCCAGGUGACCUAAAGAACCCUAGCUACUCCAUCCCUCGAGGAACCAUCACAGCU